GCGGGUGAGCUCCAAUGUUUCUCUAGUUCAUGUCAGCAAAUAUGUUCAGUCAGUGUAUAAACAUUACUGUCCACAAACGGCACACUUUACGGAUCCGAUGCUGCUGUCAUUUAUGAUUGAGGCCCGUCAUCUACAGUGAGUGACAGGUCAUAUGAAUUCUGUUUAUUCUUAUAUUUUGCAUUAAUCUGCAUUAAUAGAUUAAGCACUCGUAAAAUGACCACAGUUAACUGGUUAUAAAUCUCUUUAUAUUGGCUGUGUCUGAAGGAGUAGAUUUAACUCGACAACUUUUCAUGGAGCUUGUGUGAAAGGUGUUUAUAAACGACUUUUAAAAUGGAUCAUUUCACGCAACACGGGUGAUUGUUGAGUGUCAAAGAAUGAGAAGUGAGUUAGUCAGAUAUUGAGAUGUGGUUGUGUUGUUAGAGAGCUUUAACUGAUGCUUCACACUUGUGUGUUUUAUUAGUCACACACAGAGAGAGAGAGAGAAAUACAACAUUUGAGUUGUGUCCACUAAUAUUAAAAGUCCUCAGAAAUGUCUUUGUUUAUUUUGAUUCUUCUGCCUGUGUUGGUGACUCUGGUAAUGUUAGCCUGUAAGUAAUCAUGUUUCGUGGGUAUCACAUUAAUCUCCAUGAAUUAUAAUCACUGAAUCCGUUGUUUGAUGAAGGAUCUUUCCUCAGCUGUUUUGUGUUUUGGUGAAACGUCUGAAGCAAGUGGAAACUAACAAUCAUUGGUGCUCCGACUGCAUUUUUGGAUGAAACGGAAAUCUGUCGAUUGUAUUUUAUAUUGUGUUUAAUAUCAUGGUUGUGUCUAAUGUUGUUUUAACCCUGUUGAAAAAACCAGCAUAUGCUGGUUCGGUAUGUUUUGAUGCUGGUUUAUCAACAGGGAAGUGUGCUGGUGCAGUGUGUUUCUGUGGCCUGUAUCUGUCAGGAACUGGUAUAUUUAUAGUGUAGCACGAGGUGAUGAUGUAUGAGUUCUACUAAAGAGUGAACACACGGACCGUUGGCUAAACGUCUGAUGCACAAGGCACACUUUUCUGGAAACACUUCGGCACGUUCGAAGUCAUCAUCUGAUUGGUUGAAUUUCACAGGAUUUCCGGGAGACGUGCGUGUAGCGUUCUUUAACGGUCCGCUUGGAAACAACACAAGCCGUCUGAUCUAAGAAGUACGCUGUCGUGUUUACAACGGUUGCUAUAAGAAUUCAUCAGGAUCGACUAAACGCUUCAUUCUUAUAAGUAUCUAUGAUAAAUAAACAAUCAUUCAUACAACUAUAUUAAAAUUGCACAUAGGCUGAGAUGUAUUCUGUAUUUAUCAAUCAUGUAUUAAACAUUUUAAAUUGUAUUUAAAACACAAAAUGUAAAUGAUUGUGUCUAGAGUUUUCUGUCAUGUCACGUACCACCGGGGUCUCAAUGAGGUACGCGUACCACAGUUUGAGAAUCACUGCUCUACAUUAAACAAUGUAUUUUUAGACAAAAGUGGGCUCACACCUGAUUAUCGGAACUAUUUCAGUAGGACAGUAAUAGCUGCUGUUAGUGUACACCACAUAACACACAAAAUUAGCAAUUUUCAACAAUCAAUAGAAGAUAAAACGUACACGUCUUAUUAAUCACACUUACAGGUUGUGAUUCAGAGAUGUUUAUAGGGCCAAAUAAAGUCAUGCUGACCCAUCUUUCAUGGGUCAGCAUGAAAGGUUAGAGAAAAAGUUUUUCUCACCAAGGUUAGAGAAAAAGUUGUCAGUAAAAUGACAAAAGGUUUGGUUUAUACUGCUGUGCAAUCGUGUGGAAAUUAUUUGUCUCCUCUGGUUCUUUACAUCAUCAUCCUUUGGAUUUGGAAGUAAAAACAACUAAAUGCUUGAUUUUGCAGCAGAAAACACAGUCUCCGCUACAGGAUGUAAACACACAAACUAUCAGAAGUGUUUGUGGGCAGGUCAGAGUGUUCGUGUUUCGUGGGAUUAUGCAGAUGUGUUCGUUCGUGACGUGUAAAGGUCACACUCAAAAGACUCGAAAACCAAACAAAUCGUUAGGGCGGUUUGGAGUCGACUUCUUAUUUUGGGAGACAAUAUCUUUAUUUAUCUUGGACUUUUUUGAUGAAUAGCUUAGUGGAUCUUUAACAUUGAAGGAAAGCUACGUUACACACUGAAAUACAGUCGAUAUUAGGACUUCCAGCUAACGUGCUCUUUAAAGGAGACUGAGUUGUGUUGUUUAAUAGAAUCUAUGAGAUCCACUCACUGACUUCUUACAAAACACAAGUGACGUGAACAGCUCAGCCUUCACUUUCGGUGCGCAUUUCACUUUACUGUAUUGUCUUGUGAAUAGGACUGCUCUUUCCUCUGGAAUGACAUGUAAAGCCCUCUGUAGGGCUGUCACGAUUAUGAAAUUUGAUUGACGAUUAAUUGUCUAAUAAAUCGUUGCGAUUGUGGCGAUUAAUUGUCUGUUUUGGGGCUUUGGCGAUUAUGACGAUUAAUUGUCUGUUUUUGAGCUUUGACAUUUAAUUCUCAUUCAUUUUUGAUUCAGCGAUUGAAACGACCAUAUUGUUCUGAAUACAAGACUAUGUUUUUUUUUCUUGGAAAUACAUCAGAAAAAAUUGGGUCAUCAUAUAUUUAAGGUUUAGGCUUUUACCUGUCAAUAAUACAACCACCAAAUACUUGUAAAUGAAGUAAAUUGAUCAGGUGUGAAUUGAAGCCACCAUUAAAAUACUAUCAGUCAUAGAAAAGCUUCUAGUCUGUUUUUUUCUCACUUGCAAGACAGUAAAAUUUUACUUGUGUGUUAAUGAAAUUUUGGUAGACUGGUUUUCACACUGAGAUUUGCUUAAAUAAUAUUAAAUUGUACUGCAGGUAAUUUGUAUAUGUUUUAGUUUUUUUUUAAGUGAUUGUGUUGUGGUGGUACAUUUUACAAGUAUUACCAUGCUUUAGUAACAAUAUAUACACUAAAAUAUGCAAUAUGCAGAUGCACUACAGCUCCCCCUAGUGUCUUCUAUAGAGAUGUGCGGUAAUUGCGAUGAUCCGAAAUCAUCGCGAUGAGACGAUUAUUUAAUAAUCGUGACAGCCCUAGCCCUCUGUGGUCACUCUUACAGCACUACAGCUUUUCUAUUAGGCCGUUUUCUGUCAUGGCCUUUUGCUGUGAAAAUAUUCCUGACAGAUUUGAAGUGAUGUGUGUUAAAAGAACCGCAUGUCUGCUUUUUCUGCAUCUUUUCCUCCAUCAUCCAUUAGAGACAUUCACGGUCCAUCUCUGCAUGAAACGCCUGACACCUGACAUUUGUUGAGCUCUGAUUUCGACACGGCAGGUGGCCGCAUCCAUCCACCUCUGCUACAGGUUUAACGGGAUUACGGGCUCGCCCCAUCCGUCUUUCUUGUCUUUUGAAUGCUCGAGGUAUCCGGAGCCAUCCAUCAAUGCAACGGGUCACAAAGUCAAUUAAGUUUCCACAACAUUACAGACAGUUUCGCCCCUGUGCCGUGAAGACAAAAUCGUCUUGUGCCGUUCACUGGCUCAGUUCUCCAACAAAGUUGAAGGUCUGUAAAAUUCUGGAGUCUGUGCAAACUAAAACCUGCAUUUUGAUGUGUGAAGUUCUCAUGGAGCUCCGAGGAGAGAGAGAUGAAGCUCUAAGGUUAUAACUGAAUGUGGGAUGAGCCUCCAUCAGAUUUAUGUAAAAGGUAAAUUACGUGUAAUGUGAGGAGUGACCUAUAUAAAGCGUAUGUUUGCCCAUUACUGUCAUAUAAAGUCACCUCAGUGGAUGAUGAGUUUCUGAGUUUCAUCGCUCUUUAUAUUUGUAUUCUCUUCUGGUUUGUCAUGAGUUGUCCAAAAAAAUAGCAAGCAUGUUUUCUGGUCCGUGUGUGUCCCACCUUAGAUGACACAUAUUAGCUUUAUUGGGGGGGUGAAAUUAAAAGAGAUAAUACUUGAUAGUGCUGGGCUAAAUACCGGUGUGUAUUUUUGUUAUGAUAUGAAUUUUUAAUAUACCGCAUUACCGGUGUAUGUGGCUUAAACAACGUGCGUAUCAGUGGGGUCCCUUUUCACUGUUGCGCUGUGACUGGCCAUUUGCACAGAAUGCAUCUUUCUAUGCCACGGCACUACUGUAUCAUCAUUUUUCUAUAUAGACGUGUUAAACGGAGGCAUUUGGAUGUUCGUGUGCGUCUCACGCAUAUGUGGUAACGUUAAUGAAUGAAUGAAUGAAUGAGGCAUUUAUAUAUUGCUUUUCUGUGUAUUGCUGUACACCCAAAGCACUUUACAAUCAUAUGGGGGGGGUCUCUCCUCAACCACCACCAGUGUGCAGCAUCCACCUGGAUGAUGCGACGGCAGCCACAAUACAUCAGAGGCCAGUGCGCUCACCACACACCAGCUAUAGGUGGAGAGGAGAGAGAGAGAGCCAAUUCAGAGGGUGGGGAUUAUUAGGAGGCCAUGAUUGACAAGGGCCAGUGGAGGGGAUCUGGCCAGGACACCGGGGUUACACCCCUACUCUUUUACGAGAAGUGCCAUGGGAUCUUUAAUGACCACAGGGAGUCAGGACCUCGGUUUAACGUCUCAUCCGAUGGACGGAAACGUUACAUAUUCUGUUCGCGUCACAAUGGGAGCGCGCAGUGCGCGGCUGAACAGGAGAUGACUGUACAGGUGUAACGUUAGCAAUUGCAAGUUCGCUUUACGUUAUAUUAAAUACACUCACAAGUAGGGAUGGGUAUCGUUAACAUUUCAUCAAUAUCGAUACCGAUAUCGACACGGCUUAUCGAUACCGGUACUUAUCAAUACUGUUAUUGAUACUACACUCUAUAAUUUGAUGCAAAAACACAUGAUGUGAAAAGAUGUUAAACAUUUUAAGUUUCUUUAUUACAGCUGAGCUUUAGAACUGCAGUUUACAAAUGCUUCUGAUACCACUUACUGCACUUAGCAUGUGCAUAGGAGCACAUCAUAAUGUAAUUCAACAUAUUUACUUUACAUCACUAUGGUUAUUUGGCUGGUAGACCAUAUUUCUUUUUACUUUCUGGUUUUAGGUCUACAUAAAUUUAAGUACUAUUUUCUAAGCAAGCAAUUUUUUUUAAUUAUAUGUACUAUUUUUUAUAAUUUUACUAGCACAUUUACUUCAAUUUACUAAAGUAAGUAAAUAUACUCAGAAUUAUUAAAAACAAUGUUAUAACUUGUUCUCAAAUAAAGGACUUUUAUUUUGACGGGUUGCCGCAAAGGGGUGUUUGACGGAAGCUUCCUAGUUGUGAAACGCGGACGCUGUGAAAGCUCCACAAGCGCAACCAUGCCACCCUUUCACUCAUAAACACGCAAAACAAGCAGAUUACAAAUACAUCGCGGAAAUCGUAUGGCCCUAGAUAUCACACAUACGUCGAGCAAACUUCCUCUAAUUCGCCAUUUAACACCCGAAUACACAGAGAUAAAACAACACAAGUAUCGAUAACAGUAUCGUUUGUCAUGAAGCUUAUCGAUACUCUGGUAUCAACCCAAUUAUGUACUGGUCCAAAAAAGUACCGGUUCUCGGUACCCAUUCCUACUCACAAGCCAACAUCUUCAAAAAGCAAGAGUGUUCCCCUCUUGCCUGCUCAAUAUAAGCAUAUAACAUGAUGUGUUUUUAGUUUGAGCUGUUUCUCAGUUGAUGAGACAACACCAUGUCUGCACCAGAUGCGCCACGAUGUGACAAAAGACAAUAGAACACAUUAGAACCAUUUAUAAUUUUACAUUUUGUCCACACUGGAUGCAGCGCGGCGCAACAAACCCAUUAAAACAAGCUGUGUGUCACAUUGCGUUGCGUCCGGUGUAGACACGGUGUAAGGGUCAGUAUUGGAAGGAGGAUUGACAGCAUGAUGCGAUCACUUUCCUCUCACAUAUCUAAUUUAAGAUAUAUUUUUAAGAUUUCAGGAAAUCAUGAAGCCAGUGUUGACUAUGUAAAACACAGCAGACAUCACAUGCAUGUUUUAAUGGUAAAAUUAUUACUGUUUUAUAUUCAACUAUUCAGACAGACCAUGGUAUUAAUUUGAAGUUGGGAGCACCGGUGCUACCCAUAGAUAUGGUGCUUCCAAGGAAAAGUUCAUUUCGAGUGCUGUUCUCUAUUUAUUUGCUUAAAUAUUAUGUUGGCAAGUUACCUUUGCAUUCAGUUGUUAAGGAAGUCUCAACUUUGCAGUUAUUAUAGGGGAAGGGGAUUGUUUAUAUUGUGUAGUUACAAGUUGUUUGUGAUAUUUGCACAAUUAAAAGGUUCUGUACUGUAUUUUGACUGCAACUGUCAUGCAUCCUGAUUCCUUCACUUCAUCAUGAGGGCCACCUCUUUAUAAACAGCAUCAUUUUGUGGGACUUCCUCACCUGUAUAAUACUAGUGGGGAAUUUUUCUACAAUAUUUGCUCAACAAUGACAUUAUAAAAGGGCAUUUUAAGGCAAUCAACUGCAGUAUUUCCUCUCUCAACCAGUAGAAAAUGUGGUUUAAAAAAUACCCUCAUGUACCGGAAACCGGUAUAAUCUGGAAAAUACCGUUGUAUAUUAAUUUAUGGUCAUACCGACCAGCACUAAUACUUGAAUAAAACAGUACAUUUCAUAUGUCUUCCAGUUACAGGAUUUUUGUGAAAAACACGAUGCAUUUCCUCUGAAAAUCAAAAGGUCAAUGAUCUCUGGCAGUGUUGCAAAUAGAAACGCUUCUCAAGUGAUGUUCCAGGAUCCAGAUUUUACACUGUACAUCAACACAUUAGCAUGAUUGUGUAUUAUACAGAAUUGAGAAAAAUGGACUCUCAAAGCGUAUUGUUGAUGUUUGUCCUGUAAAGUUUUUCUUUCUUCGUCUCGUACAGUUUUGUCUGUGGUAGGAUGAGGCCAAUUGAUGUUAAUUCCCCAUCAGAAUGCACCCGUCACUCGACUCAAUUCAGGUCAGUUUCUGUUCAGUCUGUAGAUGUUUGUACAGUGUACAUCAGUCAGCUGUUGUUGAACUGAAGAAUAAGCGUGAGACGUUGGUCUUGGUCACAUAAAUGAAGUGAAAUGAGCGUCCGCAGAACGAACACCAUCAGCUGGCCUCGCUCACGUAGAACACCAGACACUUGGACAUUUCUUGGGCGUAGUAAUUGACGUUGUGACCGGUGGAUAGACGCUGAUGUGAGCUGUACCUGUCCCGUGUCACGGCGGAGAGGAACACUGUCGCCGUUCGCUGACACAUCCUAAAGCAGAGCGAGACGUGUUUCCUCCGCUCUAAUGAGGAUGGAACCGUGUCCGUGGAGCUCGGCAGCACACCUCUUCCGCUCGGCCCCCGGGGACCUCAUUAAGCUUCUUCUCCACCGGCUCCAUGCUGGAAUCACAUGGUCCUUAGGGAAGGAUGUAAAUAAACGCGUUUGUCACUUAGCUCCCUCCCGUUUCACUUUUUCCAGGGAGAGAAAUUGCAUUGCGAGGCUUAAUUAGCAAGCGCUGCCAUUAUGCUUUCUUUAUUAUGUAAAUGAAUCGGCCGAGCGCUUGGAACUGUUGUCUCACAAGCUUUGUGCCAGGUGUUUGCUGGAUGAGCGCUUUUUUGUUUUUUUUCCAAAAGAAAGCGACAACUGUUGUGUGAAAUUGUAGGACGAGCUAUAAUUAUUUGACAGAAGAUUUUUUCUUGCUCCUCUCGAGCGCCGUGACUGACGCGGCUUUGUUUGGGUUGUUCGGAGAGAACCUGAUCGUUCCUGAUUCACUUAUUCUCGUCUCCUUGGAGAACUACUCUCUGGAUGGGUUAAAUGCAGAGGUCACAUUUUGGGUAUUGGUCACCAUAUCUGACUAAUAGGUCACUUUCACUUCACUUCAGAUAUGAGCUAGACUUUGGUUUGUAAUAUAUUGAUUGUGUGAUGAUAUUUUGAAGUGAAGCUGUACCUCUUACGCUCACACACCCUGCUCAUGUGAUGCACUAAAGACCUAAAAACUUAAGACCCUUUAGUUUUUCACUAAAUUAAAUCAUUCUCAGAAGGAAAAUAUAAAAACAUUUGUAUUUGUAUAUAACAUUUGUUGAAUGAAUCGUGUGCAGUGUUGUGCUGCUCGUGAUGUUUUGUGUCAGCUGUGUGGUUGUGUGACAGUUGUUGUGUUCGGUGUGCUGCAGGUGCGCUGUCCCACGUUGACUUCAGUGAGCGUGUGUGUUUCCCAUCAUCCUCUCCGUCUCCGUGUUGCUGCGAUGCUAACUGGCAUUCACUAGCGAUCUCGGUUCCGCCCCUUUAACUGCACAAUAAUGUUUAGAGAAGAGUCUUGUGCCAUCACACCGUUGGUUCUGGGUUUUUUUAGGAAGGUCGUGUCACAGUUGUUGGCAGCGGUUCUACCCGUGGUGUGUUGACGCUUCUUGCCCACUCUCACCUCCGCCCGUCAAUCCCAGCACACCAGCUGAACCCAGUGCUUGUGUUUUCAGCACUUCAUUGUGCCCUCCAGCAGAUUUUCACUUGUUUUCCGGUGUGAAAUAUGAAGUCUUCUGGGAUGAUUUUAAUGUGAGACUCACGCCUGUAACAGCACACUAAUAAUACUGCUCGAUUGAGUCUCGAAGCAUUCUCAUCAUCUUCUCAUUAGUAUGAUAUCACGUGUUCUCUGCAUGUGUCUGCUUGUGAAAUCUCAUACAAACACACAUCAUGUGUCUGUCCUUAUCUGUUACACACACAGAUUUUCAGCAUUUAAAAAACCGUUCCUUGUGUCAAUUUGAAUUGAUAGUUUUUGUUUUAUAAAUAGUGAUGUUACUGUUUUGUUGUCAUUCAUAUUUGACUUCUGAAAUAGAUUUUUAAGAGCGUUUUAAUGUUGAUUUGUUUUUUUGAUUGAAUUGAUAGAUCACACGAAUGUGCGCGUUCUUCCAGUGGUUCUUGAUAUUUUAACACGUGUAAGUGAUAUUAGACCAGCAGAAGCACGUUUGUGACCUGACCUCUGUGGACCCCCAACACUGUACGCUGUUAUUUUAGGGGUGGGGGUUGUGAACGAACCGCCCACGUCUCCCCCUGACACCACGGGCUGUGGCUGUAUCCGUAAUGAAGAGCUCAAUUUAGCCAGUGACGUGCCGUUAGCGCAGCCGCGCGCUCUGACUGGCUGAGUGCGCUGCUGACAUCACGCUGCCCGGCCAUUGAUUUGGCGCUGUCUCCGAGGCUUCUGGGCGAGAGCGUGAGCCAUGGGCUCUGGCAGUCUGGUGCAGACGCUUGAAGAGCGGGGGGAGCAGGAGCUCAGCGCAGCGGCAUGCAGCCUCCGGUGCUAUGGAAACUACUAACCCGCUAACCAAUGGAGAUACUGCUGACUGUCAUGUGUCCGGUGAGUGUGUCUGCAGGCGAAUGCAUUGCGUUAAAUGCAAGCAGUGUGUGUUUAGUUACCAGCGUGCUGUCAAACUUCAGUCAAGUGCCGCUGCAUCAGUGUCUGUGCGGCCGGUUGAGUGUUCAGAGGAGGUGAAGUGUUCUUCUGCGGGAUGUGAUUGAACCUCAGGUCUGCAUGUGUGCGUGUGUGGGUUCAGGACAUUUAUGUGAUUCUCAUGUGAUUUAUUCAUGCGUGUGAGGAUCUGACUCUCUUUAUGGCCGUUUGUUGAAAUAGACGUCUGCUCUGAUAUGUGUCCAUCAUAUUAUUUCAAUGUGAAUAUGUGAACAUACGAGUGCUGAAACAUGAAUCUAUCUUAGAAUUUAAGUGAUCAAACUGACUGAUCUGACUUCUGAGCUGUUUCCAUUUUCAAUAUUAAAUUUCAUCUAAUAAUGUUUGUGUAGCUCUUCAGUAGUAUUCUUACUUCAUGUAUCAUUUAAAUUAAAAACACAGUUUAACUCUCAUCCGUGUUUUAUUUGUUCUUAAUGUAGAGCUGUCAAUCAUCUCAGUAUAAUUGCCUGUAAUAUUAAUGAAGGUCUUUGUGUGGCAGAUGUUCCUGAUAUUAAUGAGGAUUCAGUGAUUUAUGAAUGAACGCUCAGGUGCUCUGUAGAUAUUAUACUACAGUCAUUAGGAUUUUGUAGAACGGGAGAAAGAGAGAAAACGCCGGCUCAGAUAUUUUACUAGCACCUUUUGAAGUUUUUCAUUCAUGUACACUGACCGAUGUCUAAAGGCAGGAAUAGAUCUGCUGAAAUUGACAAAAUGAAGCGUAAAAUAUUUUCUUGAAAAUAUUUCUUCUGUAAAUCUUAUUUUAUACAUUGAGCAUUAAGAAAAGUACUAUACAAAGAAAAAUGUGUUGCCUAUGGGGGAAUAGUAAGCCGGACCUGAUGUGACCUUUUCAGAAUCAGAAUCAGAAUCAGAAAGAGCUUUAUUGUCAAGUGUGUUUGCACAUACAAGGAAUUUGUUUUGGUGACCGGAGCAUCCAGAACACAGAAACAGCACCAACAGUACACAGAGACCAUAACACAAUAGAAUGCAGCACACAAUGAUUUAAAUAAGGGCCUAUGGGUAUAAACAAUUAAGAAAUAAUUUCUAUUUUACUAUUAAUAUUUUUAGGAGAUUUUAAUGUGGAGUCGUUGUGUCGUCUGUGCAUUUCAGUAUGCACAGCAUUCUUCCACUUAUUUCAGAGAUAGCAUGUCAAAUAAACAUCUCCGCUGUCAAAAUCAAAACGUGUCACUGUUAGCAGACACCCGUGUGUCAUGACGUGAACAUCUCGAAACAUUCAAGCUGUGCAUUUCUUCUCGUUUUUCUCCGUUCCUCCUGUGAAAGACUCCCGCACGUUCUACUGUGAGAUCUAAUGUCUCGUAUCAUCUCUCUCUCCCUUUGGCUUUCUGUCAGUGCUGAAUGUGAACACGCGUGUGAUGAUGUGUUGUGGUUCUGCAGGUGAAUGUGUGUUUGUUUGUGUCCUGCAGGAUUUAUUCCUCAAUAUGAAGAUUUGUCACGUGUGUCUCUGUAACCCUGUGCUCUCAGCAGGUCUUGGCACACGUCUCUUUCCGGCUCGCUGUCCCCCGUCGAGUCUCCAUCUUUACUGGCGUGUCGAGUACAGGGUCAGGUUGCCCAGGACAUCCGUCUGGUGUCCGGAGCGGAUGAGAGAUGGCACACAUCCCGAGCUCUCCGCUGCCGAGCGUUACAGUCCAGAGAGUGUUUGAGCGUUUAUAAAGAAUAUGCAGAGCGCCCUCACACACACACACACACACACACACACAACCUGCUGGAUGUGCUGAAUUUAUUUUGAAGGAUGUUUGAGGGCUUGGCUCACUGUCGCUCCCACAUGCGGUGCGUAGAGGGCACGGAUGCCGUGAUUUGACAGCUAACAUGAUGUGCGUUCGUCCAUGUGUGUGUGUGUGCGUUUGCACCUGUCCCCAUCAAUGACAAGUCCCACACCCUGAGGCUACAGAUCUCAUGAAUGCAAAUCAGCCGUGGCCAUCGGCCUAUUAAAUAAUGCAGCAGCGGCCGCUUCGCUCACAUUAGACUGAUAAAUGCGUUACGUUGUCAGCGUUCAGGUUUUCCUCCCGUUCCACCGUCCCGUCCCUUCAUCUGUGCCGAGGAACCUGGUUUCUACUCAAGCUCAUAGUGCAUCUCUGUUUAAACACUCAACACUGAUGCUCAAACAUGCAGAUGACUCUUUUAUUAACUGUCUGUCAUUUGGUUUGUCUGUGUGUGCUGAGGAGAUGUCGCAGUGAUCUCAACACAUGCCACAGCGUCACAGACAGGACCGAGUGCUCCAGGAGACGUCAACGCUGCCCCAGAACAACAUCAGGCUGACUUGCACUACGUGGAUCUAAAAGAGGUUUUACACCCUGCUGACACGUGCGGUAUGAAACCGGUGUUAAAGUGAGUUUCAAGAGGCGGAGUGUGUUGUCGGGUGUAGAUCUCUGGCUGGUAGAAUGUGUUAAUGAAUGUCUCAGAUCAGUGUAAUGCUCAUUAGCUCAUUCUCGUGCGAGACACUCGGCUCAUAAUGCUUGAGGUUAAUUGGUUUGAGUCCAUCGUCUCUCCAGUGAGCUCCACGCCGUCAUCACAGACCUCACGCUGGCUUUAUAUCAUCACCUCAAACUAAAACUAAAGCAAACACUUGUGCUGGUGUUUACUGAAAGAUUCCCGCUUUUGAGGUCCAAAUAAACAAUCGAGCAGGUGCGUUGAAUCUAUGUCGAGAACACAAGGCUGAGCUGUUUUAAUGAUUGAUUUCAUAAGUGAUUAAUGAGGAUUUAUAAGUUGAGCUGUCUGGGACACUUGUGGGAAAUGUUAGUUUGAUGUCAUAAAGAGACAGCUUGUUGACAGUGUUCAGACAGAAAACUUGUGAAAUGAGUUUGUGUUUAUUUUGUCGUGACUGUGUUGUUGUGUGCAGAUGAAUCACUGGAUGAAAUGAAACGAUGUGUGUUUCAGGUUAUGUGUGAUGAUGAGAUGAGAACGUCAGCGUCAUCGUGUGUGAUGCAGGUACUCGUGCAGAACUACACUCAUUCAUUUAGGGUAAGUGGCUGACCCACGAUGAGUGUGACCCAUCCUGAGAAGACCUGAGUGUUGAAGGGUUUUUUCAUUGUUUCACACACUUUUCAUUGUUCUUUUGUGGCUUUGCUAACAUCCCAUCACAGUUAGUUGUGUUCUUCAGAAAUGAAUUGUGUGGAGAGCAGAGAUGAGUCAAACGGCUGCAGAAUCUCACGAGAGCCGCCGGUCGAGCUCCACUGACCUAUCUGCGCUUUAUUGUGUUAAUGAGAAGAAGCAAACAUGAACAAACUCUCCAGAUUCUGAAGCGUUCAUCUGUUUGCGCCGCUAGUGAAAAACGUCACCGGCCGUGUGUCUGGCAGUCCGAGCUCAUCCGCAAACUCUCUGUGUACCGCGCGUGCGGUGGGGAUCUGGCUCUUUUCUCUCGCCACGUCUCCGGCCGGUCCAGCAGACGGUUUCUUCCAGCAUCAGUCUGUAGAGAGAACAGCAGUUCAACAGUCAGUUACAUCUAAAUCAGCAUCCAAUAAAACCACUGACUCGUUCUGUUGUGUUGUGUUUUUACUGUGUGUUACUCAUCAUUUCACGUGAUAUCUCCUCAGAAACUCCUCCUGCGCAUGUUGACAGCUGUAGUCUCAGUCGUGUUUCAGUCUGUGAUAUUUAAUAUGAGACAGAUGAAACUCAACUUCACAUCCUUAGAGAAACUAAACAUGAGCUGUGAGCGAGGUCAGUCUGAUCAAACAGAAUUCUGCAUUUAUUCAAUCUACAGGCCCGGUGGUGUUUUCCCUGUCAGGUCUUUGUAUAUGAAACAUAAACAUACACCGACUGAAUCCGCUGUGAUUUCUCUAGAUUAAAGACACAAUACUCUUCACUGUUUACUCAACAGAUUUCAAUGCUUUAUUAUCUACACGGGUCAUAAAGCAACAUUUUGUUUGCACUUGCAUAUCAUCUUUAUAUUUAGACAUUGUAGUUAGAUGAUUGUUUAUUGUCUUGUGGAAUUGUGAAAACUCCUGCAUGUCAAGCAUGUAUUUUCUUGGUUAACAAUUGUGAAGACAUUGCUAAUGUACUGUGACAUGUUAAGAAAUGUGAUCUGUACAUCUGUAUGUUUAUAGCGCAGUCAUUGUCGUAUCACAGACGGGGUUUGAUACAAACUAAGUGUGUCUCAGUUGUGUCCAAGCACAUUCGUGUGGAUGACAUCAUAGUGAUUCACGACUCAUCAUGAAAUCAUUUUCGUCUCAUUCCUGAUGUCGAGCGCUUGUGAUUAGAGAGUAACAUUAAUAACUGCUCUUCCACCAGCAGAGACGUCUGUGACUUUCAGCUGAAAUGAAGCUGCUCUUGUGGCUCUGAUGAUGAGGAUGAGGAUGAUGAUGAUGAUGAUGUCAUCACACAGGUGGACAGACGGGUGUUCGAGGGCAGUUAGGAGAGAGAGGCCAGAUAUUCAGAGUGGUGAUGACAGCCGGCAGCGUCAGCGGGAGUCCUGUGGCGAUCUCUCACAGACAAUCACAUGUUCUUUCGGCCUGAAACGCAAACUCUGGCUCCUCUGACCAGCGUCUUUCCUGUGAGCUCACGGCUAACGCUAAGAUUCUUCACACACAGGUUAUGAAAGGAACAUCAGAUUCCUCAGGAUGUCUCUCUCAUCAGGUGAAUGUGAUGAUGAUGAUUCACAUGUGGAAUAUAACACAUCAUCAGUCGUGAGGUACGGACGGAGACCGGGCGGGUCUCUCUCGCUCUCGCUCUCUCUCUCUCUCAUAGUGUUGCUGUUGUGUGAGUUUAUUCAUUCAUCUGCACAAUAAAAUGCACAAGUGAUUCCUGCACCAAUGUGUUUCAUUCUUGUUUUGUGUUGAUAUUAAGAUGCUCAUGUGACAUACAACAGCUAAAGACAUUCACAUGUGAUAUCAUGAAUAACGUCCAUUUAUCUGAAGAACUUCUGAUACGAGCUCUGUUUUAUUCAAAUACAUUUGAGUGAAACAAAACAAUCUUCAAUAUUUUUAAAAGAAUAAAAGAGCUUAAUGUAUAUGAGAAUGAGAUGUAAAGGGUAAAAGAUGCUGAGAGGUCAGUUUGACAUGCUUUGCUGCGGUCUCGUGGGACUCUGACGUUUGUAGGUCACGUCAAAGAUGAUUUAUACAGGCCAGAAAUACAGCUGCUCUUAACACAAGACUGCUGUUCCCAUGAGGCCGUGUUUAACUCCAGCACAUCCUUCACAUGAAGCACAGAUGGGAACGAUGUCUCCAUGAAAUCACUCCACGGACUGAAUGAAGCUGAAGAUGAAUGUGUUGUGUGGGUUUCUGAAGAGAUCGUCGGCCUGCGCUUCACAGCUCUGAUCAGUGUUCAAUCGGGAAGAAUCUUAAGUGGAUGUUCACGGUGAAAGCUGAACUGCCGUCGUGCAGAGUGACGGUGUUGACGUGUUGCUAUGGUGACAGGCAGUAGAGUUCCGAUGAAUGAUCUGAAUGAUCUGAUCGUCAUGGAUGAUUAUGAACUGAUCGGACAGAUCGGACGCGGCGCGUUUGGUCGCGCGCUGCUGGUCAGACCUAAAGACUCAGAUGCCGCGAUCCCGCGUUACGUCAUCAAAGAGAUCAACUUGAGACAGAUGUCAGUGCGGGACAGGGACGCAUCCAGGAAGGAAGUCUUUCUUCUGUCUAAAAUGAAGCAUCCAAACAUUGUUGCGUUUCAUAAAUCAUUUUACGACAGGAAUAAUCUCUAUAUACUGAUGGAAUAUUGUGAUGCUGGAGAUCUCAUGAACAGAAUUCACAUGCAAAGAGGCCGAGUGUUCACAGAGCAGCAGAUAAUUCACUGGUUUGUACAGAUCUGUCUGGGUCUGAAACACAUUCACGACAGGAAAGUCCUUCACAGAGACAUCAAAUCACAGAACAUCUUUCUGACAGACGGAGGACAGAAAGUCAAACUGGGAGAUUUUGGUAUAGCCAGAACAUUGAACAGCACGAUGGAGUUGGCCAGAACUUGUGUUGGGACGCCAUACUACCUGUCUCCAGAGAUCUGUGAAAACCACCCCUACAACAACAAAACGGACAUCUGGUCUCUGGGUUGUGUACUGUAUGAACUCUGUACACUCAGACAUCCAUUUGAAGGCAGUAAUUUAAGGCAGUUGGUGUUGAGGAUCUGUAGGGGGCGCUACAGUCCGGUGUCUGAACACUACAGCACUGAUCUGAGACUUCUGUUAAAACAGCUGUUUAAAGUUUCUCCUCCUGAUCGACCCUCAGUCAACUCCAUCCUCAAACAACCGCUGCUGCACGUGCACAUCAGCAAACACCUGCACCCACAGUUGUUGGAGGAGGAGUUCAGUCACACUGUUAUACACAAUCACACACCAGCUGCUCCACAUAAAGCCACAAAUUACAGAGAUCUGGGUGUCUGUAAAGCUGCAGGGAAUCGUGUGGUGAAGCCGCCGGUCAAUAAAUCCGAUCAGAGACGCCCAACAUCACAACAUUACAGCUCCCACAAACAUAGAAUAAACCCUGAAUGUCCCUCUGUGGUUGAAAAGCCACGUGUUCAUGAUGGUCUGCUCGAACCCUACGAGCAUCAUCACGCUCACGUGAACCUCCUACAGGCUCAACAUCAUAUCCAUCAUCCUGAUGCUGCUGAUCGCUAUAGCAACAGAGUCGGCGCUCUGCAGCCCUAUCAGCUUGUUGCAGUGGCGAGAGAUGAAUUCCUGCAGAGGAGACGAGAAGCUCAUCAGUAUAAAGUCAGAGCUCAGAAACAGCUGGGUCUCCGGCCGUCCACAGCAGACGCUGAGAAGAACACAGACGAACAUCAUGAGAAGAAAUCACCGCAGAAGAGUAAAGUACAGGGUGAAGAGGAGUAUCUGAGACAGUUACAGCGAAUCAGAGAGCAGUAUCAUGAUGAGGUCAGAGAGCUGCGCAUCAGAGCGGACACUGAGGAGGAGAGCAGGGCAGCAGCUCAACAGAAGCUUCACAGAAACAAACAACAGAAAGGAGUCAUGUUUGAAGUCAAACUAACCGAUGAAGAGAUACAACAGGAGACACAGAUGAGACCUGAACUAGACGUGAAUCCUGAUGAGGAGGGUCCACAGAAUAAAACAUUUACAAACCAAGAGAAUAUUUACACUGAAGAUUCAGACGGGUCAAAGGUCAAAGCAGAUCUACAGGAGAGAGAGACACUGAUGAAGAGAGCUGAGUGGUGUCGAGACGCUCCUGAGACGUUAUUGAGCGCUCUUGAACGAAUGGAGAUGAUGUCACAGAGCUCCAGCUUGUGUGACACUCAGACAGGAGAUGAGGAGAGAAAACACUGGGGGACUGAUCCUCCUGAAACACUGCUUCACGCUCUCGCCCACGCACAACUCAUCUGCUCCAGCGCAGCGGGGACGCUGAUGAUGUCAGAUGAGGAACAGAGGAGUAAUGAAGAUGAGUCUGAUGUGGACUUAGAUGAAGAUCGUCUGGAGCAUCGAUCAGAUGAUGAGGACACGAACUUUGAGGAUUCAGAGGAUGAGCUGAGACAGCAGGUGUCAGACUCCAUGAGGAACCUCCUCACCACACACCAGCAACACAGAACGGACUCCAGAGAUUUCCAGAAUCCAGCGGACACACCUGAUGACACCUGA